UUUUAGGCUUUCAUACGCCCUUCUGUUAUAACAUCGUUUUGAUCAACUAAUCUUGCAAAGACAUUCUACCUAAUUUUAGGGCAUUUCUCAAUGGUCAUAAUUAAAGGUAGUUGAUAGUUUUGGCAUAAUGCUCUCUUUUUUUCAACUAAUUUAAAUAACCUUUACCAUUUAAUACAUAGAAGUUAAAUUCUUAGAACAAAUUGAAUUGAAUUGAAUUGAAUGCCAGAGAAGUGGCAAAAAAGUAGAGAAAUUAACCAAGUUGGCGAAAUUUGUCAUGUAGCUGCUGUUGCCUGCCGCGUCCUAUUUUUGAAUAUCUGCUCCCUCGCUCCUUCCCACCGUCCAUACAAGACGCCCACAUCUCACCUUAUAAACGUGAAUCCCCCGCCAUUCACUCUCUACAGUUUCUGCACAGAACUCCACACUUUGAACCUCGGGACAUACCACUGUACCUAAAAUUUCUUCAUAUAUAUAUAUUUAAGGGAUACUUCCAUUUCUUGUACGUAUCUGGAACUAAGCGAUUGGAAAGUCACAAUGUCGGUGACGUCGAGAAUGCCGGAGCUCCAAAUGCACAAGAAAUGGAAAGAUAGAGAAAUCAGUCCUGAACGCACUAAAGUUUGGACUGAACCUUCUAACCAUAAGCUCAAAUCUGACCGCAAAUUACCGGUUGUUUACUAUAUCUCCAGAAAUGGCCAACUUGAACAUCCCCAUUUCAUGGAAGUUCCUCUUUCCUCUCCUCAUGGUCUUUAUCUCAGAGGUACGAAUAUUUCCAUACCUAACACAAUUCACAUAGCGUGUGUUCAUAUGAUUUCACAUGUUCUGAACUUACUUUUUUGGUUGACAUUUAAUUCAGAUGUGAUCAACCGCUUGAAUUGUCUUCGUGGAAAAGGCAUGGCCUCUAUGUAUUCCUGGUCUGCUAAAAGAAGUUACAGAAACGGAUUCGUGUGGCAGGAUUUGACGGAGCAUGAUUUUAUAUACCCAGCACAGGGUCAAGAGUACGUUCUGAAAGGAUCACAGCUUCUCGAUAGCACAUUGCCUUCACAACCCGACGAAAUUGCAUGUUCUGGUUUGAGAAAUCCGGUACCCGAAGUACGGAAAAUCAGCGAAGAUCAUGAGUUUCCGGUAAUCCCAAGGCGCCGGAACCAGUCCUGGACUUCCUCCGAUUUCCACGAAUACAGAGUGUACAAGGCAGAGUCUACCGGCGAAUUGAUCGGAAGAGCCGCCAGCGACGCGUCGACUCAGACAGACGAUCGUCGCCGCCGGCGAAGAGCAAUGCGAAUUGUCGAAGAAGAAGACGAAGAGUUGAGAGAAGACCGGACCGUUGAACCGGACGUGGAUGAAAAGAAUAAAAAACGGUCGAUAGAGCUGAACAGAGGUGAAAUUUCACCACCACAGUCGGAUUCAAGCUCUGAAACGCUAGAGACAUUGAUGAGAGCAGACGGGAGAGUGAUCUUACGGCCAGAUACAAUCAGCGAAGAUCCAACGGUUAAUAUUCAAUCAAGCGGAAAGAGUGGUAAAGCAUCUUCCAUGCUGAAGCAAUUACUAUCUUGGGGUUCCAUGCCUUCCAAGUGUGGGCCCAGUUAUGGGAAAGAAAAUCGAUUUUCCAUAAUUUCACAACAUAAAUCGCGGCUGCCACGUGUCAGAGGCUCCAAUCAAGUGGAGAAGGAUGUAGAGAGUCCAAUAGUGGAAUAUCAUGAAAGUGAAGAGAUAAUUAAGCUGGAGGAUAAAGAGUACUUUAGUGGGAGUUUAAUAGAGGUAAAGAAGGAGAAAAUUCCUGUUCUAAAGAGAUCGGCUUCAUACAAUGUGGAAAGGUGUACAAAAUUGGAACUGACUGACAAAAAAGGAGAAAUGAAAGCAAGUGCAUUCUGAGAAAGCAAAAGAAUCAGUCAACCAGAAAGGCUAGGAAACAUUGACUUGUCUUGCAGUAAUAACGUUGCCCCUAUUUCUAGUAAUACUAGCUAGUGAUCAACAUGGUGCGCGGCAACUAGCAAGAUGAACAGAUGAUAGUGGUUAUGCCCCACGUCUAAAACUUACUACAUAAGCAGUAGAUGAUUAGGAAAUAGGAAAAUUCGUAGAGACAAUACCUCCUAAUCUCAGUUGUAGUUUUUGUAAAUUCAUUCAUGAAAAGGCUGAAAAUUCUUGGAGACAAUAUCUCUUGUUUUAGGAAUUUGACAAAG